ACUUUCUUUCUCACUUGCCAGGGAGCCAUUCCUUCUGCAGCUGUCUCACAGGCAUGGACAAUCUGCGCGAGACUUUCCUCAGUCUCGAGGAUGGCUUGGGCUCCUCUGACAGCCCUGGUCUGCUGUCUUCCUGGGACUGGAAGGACAGGGCAGGGCCCUUUGAGCUGAACCAGGCCUCCCCCUCUCAGAGCCUUUCCCCGGCUCCAUCGCUGGAAUCCUACUCUUCUUCUCCCUGUCCAGUUGUGACUGGGCUGCCCUGUGAGCAUGGCGGGGCCAGCAGUGGGGGCAGCGAUGGAUGCAGUGUUGGUGGGGCCAGUGGCCUGGUAGAGGUGGACUACAAUAUGUUAGCUUUCCAGCCCGCCUACCUCCAGGGUGGUGGUGGCCCCAAGGCCCAGAAGGGCACCAAAGUCAGGAUGUCUGUCCAGCGGAGGCGGAAAGCCAGCGAGAGGGAGAAGCUCAGGAUGAGGACCUUGGCAGAUGCCCUGCACACCCUCCGGAAUUACCUGCCACCUGUCUACAGCCAGAGAGGCCAGCCGCUCACCAAGAUCCAGACACUCAAGUACACUAUCAAGUACAUCGGGGAACUCACAGACCUCCUCAACCGCGGCAGAGAGCCCAGAGCCCAGAGCGCAUGAGCUCCGUCCGGGGAAACUGACCGGUUCCACCCCGCUGGGCAGGAGUAGAGGAGCUUUGAAGACCUGGAUAUCUUAUUGAACAAUGAUUGGCAUGGAGUGAUUUUUAUGUAGUAAGCGUGGUAAUCUUGUGAUCUGCAAAACACUAAGGGAAUUCACAUCUGACCUGUUGGACCCACCGGAACAGGUACCUGCCAGAUGAGCAGAGACUUUCACCUCCAGUUUUUUCCACCAUCUCUGGGAGGCUCAUCCUUUGCAAAGAGACAAAUUAUUUUGCCCUUCUCUGUCUGUUCAAGGUAUUUUAAAGGGUCAGUGAUUUUAAAUGCAUUUUUUCAAUAAUGUAGAAGUGUUAACAGUUAAUCUCCUGCCAUUCUGGUGUUGAGAGCUUUCCUUCUGUUGCUAACAAAACCUGUAGUUUGUAUAGGAUCCAGUGUGAUAUCUGGAUUCUUAUUUAGAAAGAUUUGUGCCAAGUAAAGGGCUUUAGUGCUCCUGUUUCAUUUUGUGUGUGUAUGUGUGUGUGUUUUUGUUUGACUGAAAACAUGCUCUUGCAGGGACCAAAAUCACUUAAAUGCAGAAGGCACUGGUGUGAUGAUAAAUGGAAAGUCACAGGCAGACAGGCUAAGUUAAGACAGUGAAGAUCCCAAAGGCCAGAGCCUCCUCUUCAUAGGUGGACAGCUAAUGUGACAGGGAAGGAGGGUACA